UAAUUUGUUUUGUGUGAAUUGUGUGAUACCAACGGUGACUGUAAAAAGUCUCCAAACUGAUUUUUGCCAAAACUGUCGUAAUUUAAUAAAACAGGCGAUAAAAAAUAGUAAAAAUCGCUUUAUUGGCGCUAUGGUUAGGUUACCAAUGUCGCUAUCAAGGGGGCCCCAAAUCCUCUCCCUUGUGAACAAAACGCCCGUCUUUCUUAGACUUUUCGCAACGCAAAUCGCCUCAUUUGAUGAAGUCAAGUCAGUAAAAACGACUCCUAAGACUCUUCUAAUCGAUGUCAGGGAGCCCCACGAAUUGCAGGAAACCGGAGUUAUUCCUGACAGCAUCAAUAUUCCACUUGGCGAAGUCGAGAAAGUGUUAAAAGACAUGCCUUCUGAACAAUUUCAAAAAACUUACAAAAAGGCUAAACCUGAUUCUAGCACCCCCUUAAUUUUUUCGUGUCGUUCGGGGAAACGUAGUGCCCUUGCGUCCGAGAUUGCGACGAAGUUGGGGUUCAAAGAUAUAAAGAAUUAUUCCGGGGGGUGGCUAGAGUGGGAGGAAAAAAGUAAAAAUAUUUGAGUUGUAAAUAAAUAAUACGUUAUAUGAGUGUAGGGGUUGUAGUUUGAUUUGGAUUUAGGUAGUGCCGUAUUUACUUAUUUACUGCGGCACAAAAGUGAUAAACAUGGAAUGUUAAAAAAUAAGUCAAAAAGAGUUUGCAAUCUACAAAUCUCGUCAAAAAUUUUUUGAAUGAUAACACCUUUUGAAAGGCCUGAUCACCAUAAGUCAAAAAUACUCACAAAAGCAAAACCAAAUAAUAAUUUUGCAUGUGUUUUGCCCUGAAGUGGAUAUUAGAUACGAUUUCUUCAUUUGUUGAUGUUAGGAGCAUCCAGCGCCAAUGUGGACACAAACACUUAUUGCAAAAAAACAUCAGCGCCGUUUUGAAAACAACAUUUACCUACUCCAUGACCCCCUUCCGUACUUUUAAUAACGUGGGACAGUUUCCUCGAACUUUUCGUCUUCUUUGUUGGAUUUUUUAAAUGUUAAUUGUCAAAUUGAAAAAGUGCGCGCGCAUGCGCUUUGAUUUUUAACAUGUCAUUCAAGAAUUCACUGGUUGAAUCUUUUUGAUUAAUAUAAAAGCGUUUCAAUUCAA